GCAUAACAUGUCCCCCUUUGUCCAGAUGCGUUGGCCGCGGUUCCCCAAGUGGUGUUUCCUUGAGCUUUUUGAUGAGACGCGGCAGGAGGCGAGGCAUAGACCGUCCUGACUCCUAGCCGCGAAGCCACUCUGGUACGCAGACAUGAGGUAGGCGCUUGCUCAGCGACGCCGUUCCAGGCAACGGGGCGGCUAUAUGACUUCACAUCGUUCCAGUAAUAACAGUCUGGUGACAUAGGUCAUUCUACAGUACCUCUUUUCAGUUGUCCCACCAUGACCGCUGCUGCUGCCAAUGAAUCUAAACAACUGGUUACCCUCGCCGUUGUCGGCUGCGGUCAGCGUGGUGAGGGAUACGCUAGUUAUGCACUCAAGGAACCCUAUCCAUGCAAGGUCGUAGCUAUCGCUGAACCCCGCAAGAAUACGUGUCGGUUGUUCGCCCAGGCGCACAACGUCGACGCUGCACUCGUUUUCAACCAUUGGCAGGACCUUUUACAGGCGUCUGCUGAGACCAUCGAGACACUGGGAAGGCGGUUGGCUGAUGGUGUCAUCGUUGCCGUCCAGGACAAUAUGCAUCGUGAUGUUGUGAUGGCGUUUGCGGCACAGGGUUACCACAUAUUGUGCGAGAAGCCCAUGGCGAUCACUGCGCGUGACUGCUUUGACAUGGAGGCGGCAGUUAAGAAGGCUGGCAUCAUCUUUGGCAUGGGUCAUGUGUUGCGAUACUCACCAUACACGAAGGCCAUCACAGAGAUUAUUCGUUCGGGCACCCUUGGAGAACUGGUCAAUGCUGUUCACGUGGAACCUGUGGGCUAUUACCACUUCGCCCAUUCGUACGUGCGGGGAAAUUGGGCCAAGGAAACAGGAAGUUCGUUCUCGCUUUUGACCAAAAGCUGCCAUGACAUAGAUAUUCUUUGUCACUGGCUACUGCCAGCCACACCUAUCCGAGUGUCCUCUUUUGGCUCUUUAUACCACUUCAAAAAGGGACAGAAGCCUGCGGCUGCUAGUGGUGUCUUGCGCUGCCUGCAAUGUCCAGUCGAACGUGAAUGUCCCUACAGUGCGAAGAAAAUCUAUUUGGAUGCUGUAUGCAGGGGGCAUAUCUCCUGGCCUGUGAGCGUUCUCGUUGAUGGAGUACCCGACAUUGAGAACGUAACGUACGCGCUGCAACACGGACCAUACGGCCAAUGUGUGUAUGAGAGUGAUAACGACGUUUGUGACCACCAGGUGGUCAACAUCGAAUUUUCCUCGGGAGCGACAGCUUCUUUCACUAUGGUCGCCCAUACCUCUUUGAUAUGUGAACGCCAGACACGCCUUCAUUUCACUAACGGUGAAAUAGUUGGCGACAUGUCCACAUUUACCGUUACCGACUUCCGCACCGGUCGCAAGACAAGGCAUUACCCUAAUAAUGAAGGUGGAGGUCACGGUGGGGGAGACUUAGGGCUCGUUUCAGCCUUUGUUGAAGCUGUGAGGUCAAAUAACCAGGCAUGCCUUGAUACCAACGUCAGUGAAAUUCUGAAGAGUCACCUGACAGUGUUUGCAGCUGAGAGCAGCCGAAGAGAAGGAAGGGUGGUGGACUGUGCCGAGUAUGAGAAGGGUGUGAGGAUGGCACUGGUUGCCUAGUUACACACCAUCCACUGAAGCUCUGCUAGUAUGUAUGAUACAAAGGCCCUCUGGGUGUCCCUGGAUGCCACAUGAGCAACUCAAUUCAUUUAGUUCACCUCGC